UUACUUAUAACUAUGUAGGUAGUGUCAUGCUUAUCUCCAGAAAUAUCUUAUUAUUCUUAUUUUAUUUCCUCAGGUGACCUUGGCUUUAUGGCUGACAAUGGCACCAGGUUGACAGAAUUCAUUCUAAUGGGAUUCCAGCUUCAGGCAGAGCUACAGUUGGGUCUCUUCUUCAUGUUUUUGGCCUUUUAUCUCAUCACCAUCGUUGGAAACCUGGGCAUGAUCAUGCUAAUUCAGAGUGACUCUCGGCUCCAGACACCCAUGUACUUCUUCCUCAGCCAUUUGUCCUUUCUGGAUAUUUGCUACUCAUCUGUUAUUGUGCCUCAACUGCUGGAGACCUUGGGGAAUAAUAAGAUGGUCAUUACUUAUGAACGCUGUGCCACACAGUUCUUUUUCUUCACUUUGUAUGCUAGUACUGAGUGUUUUCUUUUGGCUGUCAUGGCCUAUGACCGCUAUGUGGCUGUAUGUAACCCCCUCUUUUAUGUGAUGUCCAUGACACCACAGACUCGCCUUGGGCUGGUUGCUGCAGCAUAUUCUGGUGCAAUGGUAAAUACUGUGGUCCGGACUGGGUGUACUUUCUCUAUUUCCUUCUGUAAAUCUAACCAGGUUGAUUUCUUUUUCUGUGACCUCCCACCCUUGCUGAAGCUUGCCUGUAGUGAGACAAAAUUAAGAGAAGAGGUAAUCUUCCUUUUGGCUUUUUUGGUCAUCACAAUUAGUGUUUCAGUGAUUCUUAUAUCUUACCUACUCAUUAUCUGGACUAUUCUCAAGAUUCGCACAGCAGGGGCCAAAGCCAAGACUUUCUCUACUUGUGCAUCUCACAUGAUUGCAGUGGCUCUUUUUUUUGGAACACUCAUAUUCAUGUACUUGAAAGGUAACAUGGGCAAAUCCCUCUGGGAAGACAAGAUUGUAUCUGUAUUCUAUACUGUGGUGAUUCCUAUGCUGAACCCCAUGAUCUAUAGCCUGAGAAACAAGGAAGUGAAAGAGGCUCUGAAGAAGGCUUUCAAAAGAAUUAAGGCUUUUCAAGAAAGUAAGAGUUAAGCUUUAUCAGUCCAGAAGUUCCUG